AAAUUUAAAUAGAAAGAAAAUGAAUGAGAAAUCCGCGUAGAGCUACCAAGGCGGUGGUGCACAAAUUUGAUUCCAUGACGUCCCAGAUUUUCACCGCAAAAUUUUGCCGAAAUUUAGGUGCCAAAUUUAUUUUCGGCUACUAGAUAUUUACAAAUAUGUUUAUGUUUAGUUGGUUGCUUAGAUCAUAGAGUUUUUUGUGUUGUCAUUUUGUUGCCUGACAUGCUUACCUCUCAGAAGAAGCUGUGGUCGGAUUGGUCCCUCUCCGAACCGGCCGGUCAGGAUUAUGAUGAAAAUUUGGAUAAAGAGAGUAAUGUGGAUGAACAAAGUAUGAUGAACAUGAGAAAGAAAUUAUCUGAGCUCGAAAACGAGCUUUAUGAUUACCAGUAUCAGAUGGGGCUUCUUUUGAUGGAGAGAAAGGAGUGGAUUGCGAAUUAUGAAAAACUUCAGCAAGCAUUUGCGGAAACUAGAGACAGCCUUAACCAGAAGCAAGCAGCCAUAUCUGAUAUGGAGAAGCGAGAAGAAGAUUUGAGGAAAGCAUUAGGUGUUGAGAAGCAGUACGUCGUUGAUUUGGAGAAGACUUUGCAUAAAAUGCACUCACAGCACGCAGAAAUUAAGUUUACAUCUGAUUUGAAGUUGGUUGAAGCAAAUGCUCUGGUCAGAGGUAUCCGGGAUAAAUCUUUAGAGGCAGAAUCCAAGUUGCGCGCUGCUGAUGCCAAGGAUGUUGAUCUGAGCAGAAAGAAUUUAGAGAUUGAUAGGAAAUUAAAUGAGGUGGACGUUAAAGAAGAUGAACUUCAAAGGGAACGAUUAUCGUUCAACUCAGAGCGUGAAGCACAAACAAGUGAUAUAUGCAAACAAAGAGAUGACUUGUGGAAAUGGGAAAGAAAACUGCAGGAGGGUGAACAGAAGCUAGAGGACGUUCAGAGAUUACUCGACCAAAGAGAGAAAUUAGCUGAUAUAAGAAAAAGAGUUGAAGAACUAACUUUCAGAGAGAAGGAAUCUGAUGCCAAGAGAAAAGGCCUGGAGAUUAAAGAGAAGGAAUUACUUGAAUUAGAGGAAAAACUUAAUGUCAGAGCAAACAGCAUGGAGGAGAAAGUUUCAAAACGCGAACAAGACCUAUAUAGAAAAACUGCCAGAUUAAAGGAAAGAGAGAAGGAUUUUGAAUCUAAGUUAACGGACUUAAAGGAAAAGGAGAAAUCUCUUAAAGUUGAGGAGGAAAAAACGGAGAAGGAAAAGGAAAAAAUAAUUUUGGAGGAGGAGAGAUUGUUUAGUCUUAAAGCUCAAAUUGAAAAAUCUAGAGAAGACAUGGAAGAAGAGCGACAGAGGAUAAAAAACGAGAGUGAAAUUCUUAAAUUAACAGAAGAAGAGAGGUUGGGACAUUCCCUCUUGCAGCUGGAACUAAAACAAGAGAUUGAUAAAUGCAAAUCUCAGAGAGAACAGCUUCUCGAGGAACGAGAAGAUUUGAAGCAGGAAAGGGACAGGUUUGAGAAAGAGUGGGAACAUCUGGAUGAAAGAAUAAGGUUAUCUGAUGAAGAAAGAGACAAAGAAAUUAAAGAAAUAAAUUAUUUAAAGGGAGUCGUGGCAAAAGAAAUGGAAGAAGUGAGAUUGGAGAGUUCAAGAAUAGAGAAUGAGAAACAGGAAAUAAAAACGAAUCAGAUGCAUCUCGAUGAGAAGUGGAUUGAAAUGAGGAGAAACAAUGAUGAACUUGUUAGUCUGAGUAACAAGCUGAAGGAACUACGUGAACAAUUCUUCAAGGAAAAAGAGCAGUUUCUUACAUUUGUUGAGAAGCAUAAGAGCUGCAAGAAUUGUGGUGACCCGUUUCCGGAGUUUGUUCACUCAAAUCUCCAGUCUCCAGCUUCCCUGGAUGCCAUGAAAACCCCUACACUGCCACACUUGACGGAUCUUUAUUCAAAAGGUCACGGGAGCAUUCAUGACAGGCCGGGUAGUGAGGCAACAUCAAGAGCAGUGGAUUCAGGAUCUCCGGCCUCAACUGGAACCAUGUCCUGGCUUCAGAAAUGCACUUCAAAGAUCUUGACUUUAUCAACCGGAAAGAAAAAUGAUCCUGCUUACACCAAUCAUAACUUCUCAACAAAGCAUGUCCAUUUAGAAUCACCGCUAGAGAGACUAUAUAGCUCUGAUGAUUCAGAGCUGCAGUUUGGAGUUGCAGAGGACAAUCUUGAUCUUAAACAAAUGCAAUCUAACAACAGCAUUAGGGAGGUUGGAAAUGGAUCAAAUCCAGAUGUUAAUGAACAAAGCAAAAGCAAUGGAGAGCCACAUAAUGUUGUUGAGGCUUCUCAGCAUUCUGAUCAGAAAUUAGACCCGCCUAGGCGCGGAAAAAGAGGCAGAGGUAAAGCUAACGUAAGACACACGGUGAAGACAAAUGUUACAGACGUCAAACUUAGAGGCAAUGUUCCUGAGCUCAACAAGAAUGAACAUACUAAAAGGGAUCAGGCUGGUAGGAAAAUGCAAAGGAAGAGGAGCCGUCCAUACUCUUCCCGGAGAAAACAAAGUGACAGUGACUACACUUACAGUGGAGGGGAUUCUGAUAGUAAUAUUACUCUAGGACGUCGCAAGAGGAGAAAUAUAGUUGUUCCACCUUUACAAACCACUAGUGCGCAGCCUUACAAUUCACCUGUACAAACCACUAGUGGGCAGCGUUACAGUUUCCGGCAACGUGGGACAUAGGUUUCCUGUUUUAAACGUUAGCAUCCUAACUCCCCGACCAAUGACUUCCAUCAACUUGCCAGGAUUUUGAUACCAAUAAAGUACAGGUAACCGAGAAAGGGUAACCAGCACAGAGAUGCGGAUUUAAGUAUAACAAUCGAUAUACAGAAACACAUUUUUUCUCUAAACUAAGGCAUAUAUAAAUAACAAUUUAUAGGUGUCUCCUUCUGUCUAUCAUAUAUAUAUACAAGCCCUGAAUUGUAAAGAGGGCACACUAUUUACCUUAAUAGCGAACAUAAAAUUACAUGUCCAGGCUAUCUGAAU